AACUAAGGCUUGAUCAAGGCCACAAUAAGAUCGAAACAAACAACAUACUAGUCUAGGGCUUGACCAAAGCCACAAUAAGGUCUAAAACAUCAAACCAACACGACAAUCCAAACUCACACCAGGCCAACACGAGCAUAACCACACUAAGACAAUAAAGGCCAUACGGAGAGGCAUGGCAACACAAAGAAGUGAUGUUCACGUUCAAAUACACAUUAUGGAGGCUGCUGCUAAGCUAAAAGAAUUUGGGUUUACAGAUCUAAUAGUUAAUCUCUAUAAAAGCUCCUUGGGAUUGUUGUUGCUGCUGCUUGUGAAUGGGGAUGAUGCGGCAACAAGCUGUGAUAAUCGUCGGCCAUGGCCCUUGGCUAAAAUGGAGAGAGAGCUUACUGUUACAAGGCUCGUCUGCAAGAAAACUGACCACAUAUUCUGCUGUUUUAUCCAAUUCAUCUACAAGAGCAUCUUUAGAAAGAUACAUGCCUUCUGUUUUUGGCAUAUUCUUGUUGUGGUGUAUGAUGGAAUGAGUGUGGCGACUCAACUUGGAAGCCUCUUCAUCUGGUUUCAUGAGAGGCGAUUUUCAUCAGCUGGUGGUAUCAAACCAGAAGGCAUAAUGAUCGACAACAACUUCAACAUAAAAGUAUUCGACUUUGGUUUCCUUGCUCGUGUCAGGGAGGAGGAUAACGUAGUGCCCACGUGUUAUCCUGUUUCCCUAUAUGCUCCUGAUGAGACUGUAUGCAGUGACCAUAGGUCAAUGUUCCGUGGUGAACCAUGGCUUCUGAUCCUGCAAUGUUGCAGGUAUUCGGACUUUAAAUUCGCGGAGGUGAAUUGGAUUGACCACGAGGACCCUCCGCCUGGGAUGGAAGACAUCAUUGCUAAUGACAUGAUGGGUGCUACCAGAGUUCGUAGAGUGCAUCUGAAUUAGUCUAGGGUCUCCUCUCCUUUCUGUUUUAACAAUAAUGUCGUGGUACUUUGUAUGAUUUACUCUUUUGCUUGUUUAGGAACAAAUUAAACCAAAAACAAAUUAGCAAUGAAAUUAACAUUAUUGU